UAUUAAAUAUUUUUCAGAUUACGACAAAGCCUUACUCCAGGAGGUAUACCCAUCCCACUACCCAAUGUGUAUGACAUGACGGGGCUGCAGCCUGACGGCAACAACACUUCUGGGGGUGGAAUUGAGCCUUACUACUCCAUACAUUCUCGUCGUAGCACUCGCAAAAUUGUUCCUUGUGGCAGUGACAACACUCUCGUCUCUGGUGAAGAGCUCAUCUUCCAGUCUGAGAACUACCCAGAUAAUUAUCCCAAUAGCCAUACGUGUAGCUGGAGUUUUACGAAUGCCGAUCAAAAUGCAAAGCUUAUUGUGGUUUGCGAUCCGUUCUCUACCCAAAAGAACAAGGAUAACUUGAUGUUCGAAGAAUCUGGCGGACCAAGUAAUGUGGCAGAGCUCCCAAAAGUAAGUGGAGGGUACGACAGUUUUACGGUCAAGACUACCACGAACAGCUUGACUGUCACUUUUACGACAAGUAGGAAAGAUGCCUUUACGGGCUUCAGCUGCACCGUUGCGAGUACAG